AUGAAGAAGCUCUUUGGAAACAGUAAGAAACCGGCGUCCAACAAUCACUCUUCCUCCCCAAGCCUGGAGGACCUUCAAGCCGCCUACCGUUCCAGUCCAGAGCCCCCAUCGCCGACCAAGUCGUCUUCGCGCUCUCCCAAAAAGUCGGUCCGCUCUGAACACACGCCCCGCGACGCAAAGUCGUCGCCGCGCAACCUUCGCCAUUCGAGGCAAGCCUCAGACUUGACCGCAUCCUCGCGUCGCUCCAAACACGAUCCCGAUACACAUCCUCUUAAUCUUCCCCCAGAGGAGCGUAAGCGCUUCUCUGCUCGCUCAUAUUCAGCCAUGAGUGCCAUGGAUAUUGACCGCGAGCCCUUGAAUGGCCCCUCGACUCCCCCGCCAAACCCUUCCGCCCAGACAAAUUUCUCUGUUCCAAUUCAGAAUGGCAAUGGUCCCGAUGGGCCUCCUGCUCCCCCGCCGCACAAGUCCAACCCUUCCAGUCCGACUCCCUCGCCGCUAGACGAGGCUGAGGUAUGUAAAGCGCUCGGCAACAAAUUUUUCAUGGAGAGGAGCUUUGCCCAGGCCAUUGAGCAGUACAGCAGAGCUGUGACCCUUGUUCCCGAUUCGGCGACUUUCCUCAGCAACCGCGCUGCCGCGUUCAUGUCCAACGGUCAAUAUGUGGCUGCUCUGGACGACUGCUCCCGCGCUGCCGACUUGGACCCGCAGAACCCAAAGGUCCUCCUCCGUCUUGCCCGCAUUUUCACUGGCCUUGGUCGUCCUGAGGAGGCAAUGAUCACAUUUGGUAGGAUCGAGCCUGCCCCUUCGGCCAAAGAUACUGCUUCCGCCAAGGAGAUGCUGCAUCACAUCAGCUCUGCCAAGGAAUCUUUGGAGCGCGGCACUGCCAUGUCCAUGGUACUCCAUGCUCUCGACCAGGCCGAGCGUGGCCUUGGACCCAACGUGAGCAAGCCGCGCAAGUGGCAGCUUAUGCGUGCCGAGGCCUACUUAAAGAUGGGCCGCGAAAACUCUCUCGGGGAGGCACAGAAUAUCGUCAUGACCUUGCUGCGACAUAACAACCAGGAUCCGGAGGCUCUGGUCCUCCGAGGUCGCGUUCUCUACUACCAGGGCGAGAACGAGAAGGCUAUGCAGUCUUUCCGUGCGGCUGUUAGUUGUGACCCCGACUUCAAAGAUGCCAUCAAGUGGCUGCGUGUUGUCCAGAAGUUGGACCGCAUGAAGGAAGAGGGUAACGCCGAGUACAAGGCGGGCCGUCUUGAGAACGCCAUCCUCAAGUAUUCUGAGGCCCUUGAAGUGGAUCCCUCCAACCGUGGAAUUAAUGCCAAACUGCUACAGAACCGUGCCCAGUGCCGGAUUAGGCUGAAGCAGUACGAUGAGGCCAUACAAGAUGCGGACCGCGCGUUCUCCCUCGACAACACCUACUUCAAGGCACGCAAGACCAAGGCCAAUGCUUUGGGUCUGUCAGGCAAAUGGGAAGAUGCUGUCAAGGAGUGGAAGGCUAUCCAGCAAGACGACCCUGAGGACCGGACCAUUCCCAAGGAAGUACGCCGGGCCGAGCUGGAGUUCAAGAAGAGCCUGCGCAAGGAUUACUACAAGAUUAUGGGCCUUGAGAAAGACGCUGGUCCUGAUGAGAUCAAGAAGGCCUACCGCAAAAUGGCUGUCAAAUUGCACCCUGACAAGAACCCUGGCGAUGAGGAAGCCGAGGCCAAGUUCAAGGAUAUGCAGGAAGCUUAUGAGACGCUGAGCGACCCUCAGAAGCGAGCAAGCUAUGACAACGGCGAUGAUCUACUCGACCCCUCCGACAUGUUUGGAGGUGGCAUGGGAGGUGGCAUGGGAGGCAUCGACCCCGAAAUCCUCUUCAGCAUGAUGGGCCAGCAGGGUGGCUUCCACGGAGGAGGCGGCUUUCCCGGCGGCGGACGUGGUUUUCCUGGUGGUGGGGGCUUCCCUGGCGGUGCCAGCUUCAACUUCAGUAGCGGUGGUGGCCGUCCCCAGGGCUUCCCCGGUGGUGGCGGCCACGGGGAAGACGAUAACGACGAUGUCUUGUACGACAAAGAGCCACAAGUGCACGACUCUCGCCAGCAAGAGGCCCAAGACAAGUUUACAGGUGGCUUCCAACCCCGGCAACGACGUGCCAACGAAGGUAUGGUCGAGAACAUUCGGACUUAUGGCAUCAUGGUUGUUGCCGCGCUGGUGUUACUACCUCCGCAGCUUGUCGCCGCCGGCCUCGCAGCGGCUGCGUUCGUCUGGGCGUGGAUGAACUAUGUUUGGCGGCCCUGGACGCAAAAGCAAAUGGCCACCGAAUAG